GUUAACAGAGAACAUUAUUCUGGGUUCAUAUUGAGGGUAGAGGCAAUGGCAGAGUUCAAGCACUUGGUUAUCGUUAAGUUCAAGGAAGGUGUAGUGGUGGAAGAGAUGGUGAAAGGGAUGGAGAAGCUUGUUUCUGAGAUUGAUGCUGUCAAAUCCUUUGAAUGGGGACAGGAUGUGGAAGGGCAAGAGAUGCUUAGACAAGGGUUUACUCAUGUGUUCGUGAUGACAUUCAGCAAAAAGGAAGACUACGCCACAUUCGCCGCCCAUCCAAGCCAUCUGGAAUUUUCCGGCCCGUUUUCAGCGGCUAUUGAGAAGAUUGUGGUGCUGGAUUUCCCAAGUGUGAUCGUCAAGCCACCAGCAUGACCUAGAAAAUAUUUUCACAAUAAGAAGCUGCAGCCUGCAAAGAUAGUAUUUGUAUGUCUGUCUGUGUUUGCAUAUCUACAUGUGUGAAUUUGCAUGUAUUAUUAUUAUGGUUUAAUUUGUCACUUGGCGAUUUCAACUCGUACUUAUAAUUAAUUAUCGACAUAAUAUUAUGUCAUUCUACUUA